GUCAUCUCAACAGAUAGAGAAGAUGUGUAUUCAGGGUUGUUAUCUACGUGAGAAUGAUCCAACAGCAUCACGUGACCUAGCCAGGUUUCUAGGUUUCCUGCCUUGUCUCACCGACCUGACGAUAAAGAACUCUGACGGUCAAUACAGGAAUCUUUCCCUUCUUGAUGAUUUCUACCAUGAACUUGCUCGUCAGGCCUCAUCCUCAAAGAUAGGGAAAGUGUGUAUUGAGGGUUGUGAUCUACGUGAAAAUGACCCAACAGCAUCACGUGACCUAGCCAGGUUUCUAUGUUUCCUGCCUUGUCUCACCGACCUGACGAUAAAGAACAAUGGCGAUGAAUACGUGAAUCUUUACCUUCUUGAAGAUUUCUACCAUGAACUUGCUCGUCAGGCCUCAUCCUCAAAGAUAGAGAAGAUGUGUAUUCAGGGUUGUUAUCUACGUGAGAAUGAUCCAACAGCAUCACGUGACCUAGCCAGGUUUCUAGGUUUCCUGCCUUGUCUCACCGACCUGACGAUAAAGAACUCUGACGGUCAAUACAGGAAUCUUUCCCUUCUUGAUGAUUUCUACCAUGAACUUGCUCGUCAGGCCUCAUCCUCAAAGGGCUAA